UGCCUGACGUCCCUCCUAGUUCUGCUCCUCACUGCUUUGCCUGGUAAGUGGAGGGGGACUGGAUUUUGCUGCUGUCUUCUCUCUGCUCCUCAGGGGAUGAAGAAAGGUUCUGAUUAGCUGAGUCCGAGCCUCAGGCCAAUGCUCACCUACAAGGAGGAAGGCUUGCCUUUGUAAGGAGGUGCAGUUGGCAAAUCUCAGCUGGAAGUCAUGCUGCAGAGCGGUCUCAGACGGCUGGUGGGGCACCGACAUGCAGCACCUCUUCUCCAAGCCCUGGCUGGCCAGCACCGGCUGCCCAGGUCAGGCUGGAUGCCAGCCCAGCCUAUCACCGUCUCAAGCAGCCACUUCCAGUCCAAUAUAAAGGAUUAUUCCCUCCCCAAUGCCAGCUGGAGCCGAGUCAUGGUGGGGCUGUCAAAUGAACUCACGGAGAAGACUGUGGAUGGGUCGUGGGCGCACUUCCAGAUUAUUGGUGCUCUAUGCAGUUACUGAAAGAGGCAGAACUUGCUAGGAUUGCUAAAGCUGUCCCAGUCCAAAUGAUAGAAGAUGCCCGCCUCUUUCUGCAGAUCACAGAGAUGGAGACACUUGGCUUUGAGUAUGUCAUCUUCCACAAUGACUCAGAGAAGAAGUGUAUCUGCUUGUUCCAGCCUGGGCCCCUCCUGGAGGGGCUGCCUGGGAUCAUCCACGGCAGUGCACUAGGGACCGUGAUAGACACCACGUUUUUCAUGAUGGCGUACUACAGUGCCAGGGCGGUCUUUACAGGGACCAUGACCAUCACCUUCAAGAGCCCAGGCAUCCUCAGCUCAGUGGUGAGGCUGGAGGCAAAGGUCACUGGCACAGAAGGAAGAAAGGUAAUUCUCUCUUGUGAAGCCCAAAGCAGUGACAGGACCAUCAUCUUUGCCGAAGCUUCUGCCAUCUUCUUCCGGAUGAGGUGACACAGGUGCAAGGCACUGUAAGGCUCAUCUCCUCUUGCCCUGGAGGGCAGAAAAAUGAAGCUUCCUUUGGAGCAGCUUCUGUUUCUCCCAUUCGUCUCCAGCUUCUCAUGUUUACUCCAGCCGUUUCCAUCGUGGGUGGUGGAAACUUCUCCAGAUGUCAA